UAAUUCCCACAAUUCUUGUCUGUUGAAACUGCACCGGGAGUGUACUGUAUUGAUUUUUAAGUUCCGGUGAUUCGAUCAGCAUUCGUGCUUUGUCCUUCUUCUGUUAGAUGCCGGGAGAAUCAGUCAAGUAGCAUUGCUGGGUACAGAGUUUAGUUGCAUCCUUAUAAUUUAGUGUGUUCUUGGAUCGCCAUUCACGAUGCUGUACCGUGGAGACAGACCAACAACCAGAGGAACUAGAGUUUAUGUUGGAGGGCUUGUAGGAGAGGUUACUAAAGAAGAUCUUGAAGCCGAAUUUGAAAAAUUUGGGAAGUUAAAUAGUGUUUGGGUUGCAUUCAAUCCUCCUGGAUUUGCCUUUGUUGAAUUUUCAAACCAAGAAGAUGCAGAAGCUGCCUGUGAUACUAUGAAUAAUGCAGAUCUUUUGGGAUCAAAAAUCCGUGUAGAAAUUUCACGUGGAAGAGGAAGAGGUGGUCGUGGAGGAGGAAGAGGAAUGGAUAGAGGAGGCAGAGGAGGAGGAAGUAGAGAUGAUGGUUUUAGAGGGGGAUAUAGAGGUAGAGGUGGAUUUAGUAGCAGAGGUGGGUUUGGUGGAGGAUUUGAUAGAAAUGGCGAAAAAGGUGGAUAUAGAGGUGGAAGAGGAGGCAGGGGUGGAAGUAGGUUUGAUGAUUUCGGUGCAGGUGGAAGGAGAUCUGAUUUUGAAGACAGAGAGUUUGGAGGAGGUAGAGAGGGUGGUGGUGGAUUUGGAAGUGGAGGAGGAAGAGAGGGUGGAUUUGGCGGAGGUAGAGGUAGAGAAGGUGGAUUUAGUAGUGGAAGAGGACGAGAUAAUGGAUUUGGAGGGGGAAGAAGUAGUUUUGGUGGUGGAGGAAGAAGUUUUGACUCAUCGAGAGAAUUUGGAGGCAGGACCUCCAGGGGAGGAUUUGGUGGAAGUGGUAGAGGAGGAGGCGGCUACAGUGGAAGAGGUGGUAGACCCUCUGGGGGUGACUACGGUUCUGACGAUUACAAUGGAGGCUUUGGUGGUCCCAGAAACCCAUCGAGAUUCCGAAGUCGUUCACCAGUUGGACGAGGAAGUCGUCCAGCCUACUGAAGUGGAAGUGGUUUCAUAAGCGAUGAUGUACCACUGUAACCAACGAUCCUGCGAACCCAUGAGCUAACCGACGAUGAGGCAUCUUCACUCUUUAUAGACUCUUUUAGCCUCUUAGUGCAAUAGAAGUAUGUUGUGAUGAUUUUACUGUUUCUCUACACUUUGUUAAAAAAAAAACAUGGUCUAGUCUCAACUUACAAGUAGAUUCAUUUAUUUUAUAUUGAGAUAACCAAAGUUAUGUUGAUAUAAUUUCACCGAAAUAUCUGUUGUGGCAGUUAUUUGAUUUGAUGUCUCCGUUGUAAAAUAAAACUUCAUAAAGUCAUCAUUUUCCUUCAUUUCCUCAUUGUUCACAACCAAGAGUUAUACCAAAAAAUGCAUCGAAUUUGAAAAUUACGAAGGCAAUCUUCGAUGAUGCAACCCAAAACCUAUUUGACUUUUGCUGUGGUAAGUAGGCUAGUGUAUAUUUUUAAUGUAAUAUUAUAGUUUUAUUAAUGUUUAAAAUAAUUUUCAUACAAUUUUGUUUUACAGAACAGAAUUGCCAAAAGACGGCUGGUUUAAAGUUUAGUUUGUGGUUUAUUUAAAUGAUAAUGACUGUUGACAAGCAAAUAAAUAGAAGUGAUUUAUAAAAGUGAUAAUUUCCUUAUUAUCUUUUUUUGUAAUAAAAUCUACUGGAAGUAUUUUUAUUUACAUGAUUAGUAAAAAUUACACUGCCAUGAUGAUAACACUUAUUGCGUAAUUACAAAAAAGAUGUUUCUUUUUACAAAAUAAUAGUUGUAAUCUCAAGAUUUCAGUUUUUAUAAAUUACAUUAAGUUGUUAAAAUACAUUUUCUUGUGUAAUGAAACCUGAAUAAAUGUCUUUUUAUACA